UGAUGAGGAUGAUGAAGGUAAACAGCUGACGUUAUGAAGACAAGUACAUUGCAAGUGGGUUUGGGCUAUAUAAAAAGGUGUUACUAUUGCUUCUAUGAGAGAGAGAGAAGCUCAGAAGGUUUGGAGGCACUGAUGUGUUUGCAGUUAACUGCUCAUAAAACUGUUUCCUGCGUCUCACUACAAGAUUGAUAAAUAUCUGGAAGACUACAGAGAUGACCUGUGUUCUGCAGUGAACAAAGAAGCGACUUUCCAACAUUUUAAGACCUAACAAACAUCGAAGAUUCUCAAAAACUGUUACAGCUCAUUUAAAUACAAGACAGUUUCCCAAGAAGACUCUAACAGUGCACAGUGACAAUGUUGAACAAAGCUGCCUUCCUGGUACUUGUAAGCCUUGCAAUGCAGUCUGUCUGUUCACCUCUCUACCCUGCAUUAAGGUACAAUCAAAAAGUUUCUGGAAAAAUGAUGAACCUGGCAAAAUACAGUCAACCAACACAGGCGGUAGAGCUCUCUUUGGAAAACUAUGACUUCCAAGGUGAUCCAGCAAGGGAAAGGAUGGAAAGACAUGCAGAUGCAAUCUUCACAAAAACGUACAAGGAUGUCCUGAAGCAGAUUUCAAUAAGAAGGGCUUUACAGACAAUUCUGGACAAACAUGGUAGUGACCAAAAAAUAGCCCCGAAGGGAUUGACCAAGCGCAGUUCCAAUGGUGUGUAUACAGACAGCAGCAACUAUGACUACAGACAGCCAACUCUGAUGAAGUACCUGAGCGCAGUGCUAAGCAAUCCAAGCUUUGAAGACAUUCACAGCAAUCAACUUCCUGAGGAAAUUGCCACAAUUCUGCAAGAGGAUUAUGGAAAUGAUCUGGAAGAACAGCUGAAGCUUCCCUUUUAUGCGUCUGCUGCCACUUUCGAUUUCGAUUUCUAUUUCUACACUUUCGAUUUCUAUUUCUACACUUUCGAUUUCUAUUUCUACACACGUUCACAAGCUUUAAUCAGCAUCGACUACCUAUACAGUACCACAAGUACUGAUACAAGUUACAUCACAGAACAAAUACACACUCUUAUAGAACUGCUUAAGUUUCUUAAUUUCCUGCGCAAACUAAAGGAUGAUGAAGUCUGCUUAUGUUCACUUGGAUAA